UUACUUUGUUGACAAUGGUGAUGUUCUGUGUUGACAUCUGAAGGUACGCCAAAGGCCUAACUGUCAUUUGUUUGCUUUGCGCGCGAGGCACUUUCGACCUCUUGUAAUUCCCUACUAAGAACUCAAUGUAAUGAUUAUUUUUGAUGUCAACAAAAUUCUACUGCCAUAAUUUUACCUCAGUUUUAUUCAAAUGGAAGAAAACGAACAAUCAGCUGGUAAGCCUUUCAAGAUCACUGAUUUAACACGCGAAAUACGUAAAGGUGUGGUCGCUACUUCCUUACAAGAUCUAACCUCUAAAGUAUCUGAAAAGCUUUUAAUUGAUGGCCCUAUUACUGUUGUAUUGGAAGUUGAUGGCACUGAGAUCGACGACGACGAAUAUUUCGCAACUUUAGAGCCGCACACAAACCUUAUGAUUCUUAAAGAGGAGCAAAAAUGGAUUCCUCCGAUACCUCCUUGUCGCCUAUCAGUUGACGCUGUCGAUGAUGGGAAAGCAAGUCCUGAGCUUGCUGGUUUAGUUGGAAAGAUAAAACAGAAUCUGUGUCAUGUUUCUCUUCUUGGCGGCACUGAACUAGAAAUGUUAAGCGACAUGGAUCCUGAUUCUUUGGUUGACAUUACAUUCCCCGAUAAGAUUUUCUUAGAACAAUUGAAGGAAGCAUCAGGGAGGUACCUAAGUGAAAAAAGACAAGCUCAAGAUGCCAUGGAACUUCUACGCUUAUAUCACGAACAAGAAACUGAAGGUGAGGCUCAGUAAAGCCUUUUUUUUUCGUAGUUGAUCUAAAUAAGACUGAUUUUGAUUUGUAGUUGUGCUCUUUAUAUAAUUAAUGCUCAAGCUUGCACUAAUAGUUUAUGUGGUAACACCAAUAAUGUAAUCUUCAGCUUCAUAAAAAUUCUUUUGAAACAGUCUUAUGUUACGGAAACCUAGCAGUUUUUUUACAUGCACUACAAUUUUUUCUCAAAUUUGACAGUAUAUAAUUAAUGUUGUCUUAGCUGUGAUAAGUUCCUGUCACUAUUCAUUACUCUUUUGAGUUGUUAGUGGAAUGUAUUUUACUUACAAUUUAUCAAAUUAUGUAGUCAAUAGCAAUUAGAACUAGUUUAGUGAUUUGUUGCUUUUUUAUAUAAUGUACCUUAGGCAGUAACCUGUUAUUGUGCCCUUUUACAAACCAUUGUAUACAAUUUUUAUUAUUUCAUAAUAAACAGUUGUUUCUA